AUGGCGGCGUCAAGAUAUCGUAAUUUCUUACGACUGUGUGAAGACUGGCCGCUGGAUAAAAGCAAAAUUGGAAGAGAUCUUGGGGUAGUCUUGCGAGAGAAAGUCGUUCUGGCAUUCAAGCACGGCGAAGCGACAAAUGUCAACGUUCAAGAAUGUGACAGAAUGUACGAAAGUUUACAUCGAAUUAACACGAACUAUUACAAAACAAUGUAUUCACGAUCAGGGGUGAUAACUACUGGAGCUGUCGGUAUCCCUGUUAAGGAUUGUAGUCUCAUUGUGUCUACAGAGGGACUUAAAGUCACCCAAGAAGAAGACACGGGAUUUUUCAGAAGACUGAAGAAAAAACUGGCAACAAAAGACGAGAGCAGUUCGCAGUAG